AUGGAUGAAGGCGUUACUAUAGACAUUAGUAAACAUUCUGGAAGUGGAGGACAAGCCCAAAAGGAUGAUAGUAAAGGAUAUUAUUAUACUAGUUCAAGCGGUGGAAGAGUUAAUCUUACGGAUGAAUGGUACCCUGACCCAGAAGGGACUUAUAGAAAGUUAACACAUGGUCUGAAAGGGGAAUAUAAAAUAGGGAAUAUUAAGGAAGUAACCCCUCAGAAUGGAUUUCCUAGCCUAGAUAAAUAUUCCAGUGUCUCGGUAUUUUUUUGGUCAGAAGAUAGCACUUGUAGUACACCCUUGCUAAUUCAACUUGGUGAUGGAGAUACCUCAGUCUACUAUACAUCAGCUGCUGGGAAUAGUAACUGGACCAAUGUAAGUAUAAGUGAAGGCAAUUUCAGGAAAGAACCUAACAAGCAGAACUGCAUCAGGAACAAAGCCCACACUUUUAAUAUUUCAGAAAAGAAUGGUUACCAAUGUCCCAAUUGUACCGGCAUAAGCAUCUUAAUAAUAUCCCAACAUGAAGAUAAUUAUGAUUAUUAUGCGCAUUAUGUUUUGGCUUCUAGACUUGGAUCCUUUUCUACCACCAGUUUCAAGGAUGAUAAAAAUUGGCAACUUGGACUUCCAUCAGUUAAAAAUGUCCAAUCUAUAUCAGUUUAUUGGACUAAGUCCGGUGGCAAACCUCUCCUAAUACACUAUGAACAAGGUUUUCAUGAAAGGUCUUGGUUCAGAAGAAAUACUACUGAUGGAAGCACUUGGAGUGAGAUUGGAAAGGCGGAUCCAAAUCUACCAGAACAUACUUCUGAUGAUGGUAAAAUAAAGAAGCUUCUUGAAGAGGCUUCUUAUUAUCCAUUAAUCAUUCCAGAUUUAUUUAUGCCUGCUGAUGCACACUACCCGGAUGGAAAUAUGAGCAUCAAUAUAACUGUGAGAAAUGCUCCACUUGGUAAUGGCUAUUGGAAAUAUAAACAUUCUUUGAGAGGUGGACUCUUUAAGCUAAAGGGAGUUGAACAUAAUGGUAACGUACUUGAUGGCAUAACACCUCCAGAUUAUAUCCUUGGGAGUAUAACCGCUUUUUAUCAGGGAGAUGAUCCUUAUUCUCUGAAAAACCUUAUAAUGGUUGAGUUAGAGAAAAGAGGUACUGCUAGUAAUGACUAUCUAUAUUACAUAAGGCAAGAAAAUAGUCAAAAUAGCUGGACUCUUCUUGGGAGACAAGAAAAGACAGGUAAAUUAGAGAACGAUGAACUUACCAACCAACUAAACCAGUUGAAGAACGAACUUAAUCUUGGUGCAGACGAAGACGUACAUCCCUCUGCAGAUCCCCAAAAACAGGUCAUCAUAAAUGCAGUUGGAGGAACUGUGGGAGGACUUGUAGUGGCUGGAGCUUUAGUUGCUCUAGUCAAGGUAUUUUGGCCUGCAAUUGUGGCAUCUUUUUCCGCUCUAUAG